GGUAUAAGAAAGAGAAAAGCAGGGGGCGAGAAAUAAUAUACGGUCGGAGUGAUUCCGGGGACGAUGAUGAGGUUUCUAAUGGCCGUGUUUUGUGGGGCACUGUCCUUGCUAAGGGCAGUCACCUUGGCGCAGGGGGGAGUGGGGACCAUAGUCACGAGGCCACUGUUCGACCAGAUCCUGAAACAUCGGAACGACGCUAACUGUCCGGCCAGAGGGUUCUACACUUACGACGCUUUCAUAUCGGCGGCCGGUUCGUUCCCGGCUUUCGCCGCCGCCGGCGACCUCAACACUCGCAAGAGAGAGAUCGCCGCCUUUUUGGCUCAGACUUCCCAUGAAACCACCGGUGGGUGGGGAACUGCACCGGAUGGACCAUAUGCAUGGGGAUACUGCUUUAAACAAGAAAGAAACCCACCUUCAAAUUACUGUCAACAGAGCCAACAAUGGCCAUGUGCUCCUGGCAAGCAAUACUAUGGUCGUGGCCCUAUCCAAAUUUCCUACAAUUACAAUUAUGGUCCAGCUGGUAGAGCCAUAGGGGUGAAUCUACUAGCUAAUCCUGACUUGGUGGCAACAAACUCAAUUAUCUCUUUCAAAACAGCCUUAUGGUUCUGGAUGACACCCCAGUCUCCAAAGCCAUCGGCGCACGACGCCAUCACCGGGAGAUGGACUCCGUCGGCCACAGACAGAGCAGCCGGUCGCGUCCCCGGGUACGGAGUGGUCACCAAUAUCAUCAAUGGUGGUCUUGAAUGCAACAAAGGGUCUAACCCACAAAUGAAUGAUAGGAUUGGGUUUUACAAGAGGUAUUGUGACAUUCUUGGAGUUGGGUAUGGGGACAAUUUGGACUGUGCCAACCAAAGGCCCUUUGGGAGUUAAGUGCCCUAUUGUAACCAACACAUGCACACACGUAUAGGCAUAUAAAAUGCCACAAUAUCUACGGUAAAACUUCCAAUAAUAUUCGAAUAAUGUGUGAGUGUUUGGUACUAUAUAUAGUUACACUAAAAUCAUGAACUUUGUUCAGUAAUGGCAUGCUUGUAUUGUAAAUCAAAUUACAUGAAUAAUACAUCAGCAAGCUA